UUCAGUCGGAACUCACCAAAUUAAACGGUUGGAGUGUUGAGGGCGCUGUUCAGAGAAUAAUAAGUGGACUGCGUGUGAGUGAAGGAAGAGCGGAGAGUGGGGGCGAAAACAGUUGAGGUGUCUGGGGUCAGUGAUGGAGCGGAUGAAGGGCGGAGAAGAAGAGAGUGAAGGAAGGAGCGCCCUGGUGAUGGAGCAGCGUCAGACAUGGUGCCAUGGUGAUGAAGACAGAGCUGAGCUGCACCUCUAAAGCCCCUCCAGAAGAUAUUCCUUCUCACCCCAGAGCCCGAGGACAAAGAGCGGGUCGCUCUCACAACAACAUCUGUUUAGUAUUCGCCGCAGCCGCGCUGCGCGCUCCAGCCAAACGGCUUCAUCUUGACUCCAGACUUCAGAGUGGAGCUGAAGGAGGGUCUCGUAUCACAGGAGGGCGCGCCACGACCUGAGCCCAGCUGAUAGCGCACGCGCUCACGCCGCCACCAAAACUGGUGACACGCGCUGCUCUUGGUUCCAUGAAUGAACAUGGAACCAAGAGUCUCGGUGGUGACAGUCUUUGACAUUUACAGUGAUACGCAGGAAACUAAUUCAACACACUCCUUUUAUUUUUGUAAUAUAUAUAUAUAAUUUGUGUGUGUGUGUGUGUAUAUAUAUAUAUAUAUAUAUAUAUAUAUAUAUAUAUAAAAUCGAAACAAUCGAUGAGACAAGAAGACUUGCAUACAGUCAUGACAGAGCAAUUUAACGAACUAAUGUUACGACACCAUUCCUCCACCUAGUGGCCACGAAAAGCAGCUACCCAGAGGUUGUUCCACAGAGUUCAACUUGUAGAUUUUGUAUUCUAUUUUGUGUAGUUUUAGCUGCAUUAAAGAUUGGUGUCGACGUUUAUUUUAGGAUUAUAUUUUAAGGGUAUUAUGAGAAAGUAUUUCAGCAAUAAAUAUAAAAUAAAUCCAUAUUAUGAGUACAAGAAAUGUAAUGCAUUUUAAUGGAGACACGCAUUUAAGGGGAGAAUAAAAGAAAGGAACUAGUGCUGUCAAUCAAAAAUUAAAAAAUUAAUCGAAUUAAUUACAGGCUUUUGUAAUUAAUUAAUUGAAUUAAUCUCAUUUUAAUGUCAUAUCUGCUAAAGGUCUCCUGAUAAAGAAUUAGAGUUCUAGGACAUAAAAAAAUUGUAGUGCAUGACUAAUAAAUGGAAUACAGUAAGAAGAGAAGAUUUGAAAUCCAAUUUUUUAUUGGUGAACUGUGCUUCAUAAAUGAAAUCCAAAAGUAAAGGUCAAGCACAUCCACAAACCAGUUAGGCACGGUGCAUUAUUUAAAUAUGUAAAACAAAUACAGCAAUACAGUUAAAUACAUAAAAUAAGGCUGUUUUUAAAAAAUGUAAAACAACAGCAAUACAGUUAAAUAAAUAAAAUAAGGCUGUUUUAAAAACGCGAUUCAGUUAAAUAAAUUAAAUUCUGAAAUAAAAUAUGGCUGUCUUAAAUCGGCACUUAUACUCAAUGUAGCAAUUAAAAAAUGAAGUAUAACACGCCUCUAAAUGAGGCAAAAUGAAGAACCGUUGAUACUCAUAAUUCAUUGCGUUAAAUCUUUUAACGCGUUAAAUUGCGGCGUAAUUAAUCAAAUUAACGCGCUAAAAUGACAGCAAAAAAUAAAAAAUAAAAAAAUCUGGAUAUGAAACGUUAUUGACUUCAUUUAUGUAUUUUUUAAUGAUUCCACAGAUUCAAUUUGCUAUCUGUUAUUUUAAACAUUUUUGGACAUCAUGUUUUUAGUUAGAUACAUUUAUUCUAGUUUUAUAAAACAAAACAAACAUUUUGAAUGUGGGUAAAAAUAUAUAUAACUUUUUUUCGGAUUCAAAAAAAAAAAUACAAAAGAAAAAAGUAUCACAUCAAAAGGCAUAAUUCUUCUCAAAUCAUCGAGAAUAGUUUUUCCUCAACAAAACAAUAACAACACAACGAUAACGAUAAUAAAAAUAGAAUUUAGGGCGCCUCCCAGUGGCUAGAUUGAGAAACUGCUUCCGCUCACAGCCAAACUCCAUUAAGUGAGUUAUUUUGUUUAUAAAAGAUUUGGCGCCCAUUUGUGCAAGAGUUCCAUGUUGGAAACACAGUGUCUGUCGAUGCUGAUGACUGUAAUAGAUCCCAGCCUUGUUUUGUGACUCACCGUUUCCGCAGCGUUUCCCACGCGCACCAACAUCUUCUUUAGAUCAGCAUCCUUCUGUCCUGCAUAGUUGGGCCGCUGACGUCAGCUCCUGGGGCGGCGCCUGCAACAGAAGAACCCACAUCUUCAUCUCCUUUGUACUCUUCCCUGGCGGCUGCAAGCAUGCCGUCUGUGGCCGGGAGUGUGGCGGUGGUGACCGGGGCCGCAGCCGGAAUCGGACGCGCGAUCGCGGAGAGCCUUUUGAGGAGCGGUGCAAAGGUUGCUCUGCUGGACGUCGAUGAAGCUUCAGGGAGGUCCACGAAGGAAGCGCUGGACCAGGAGUUCGGAGCAGCGACAAGUCUCUUUGUCAAGUGUGACGUCCAGUCAGAGGAGGAGCUGAAAGCUGCGCUACAGAAAGCCGCCGACACUUUUGGGGGAAUCGACAUCCUGUGCAACAACGCCGGCAUCCUGCAUGAGGGCGAGUGGGAGAAGACCGUGUCUGUAAAUCUGAUGGGCGUCAUCAGAGGGACGUACCUGGGACUGGAGCACAUGAGCAAGCAAAGCGGGGGGCGAGGAGGAGUCGUGGUCAAUGUAGCUUCCAUGGCGGGUAUCGGACCUUUGCCGAGUUGUCCGGUUUACACAGCAACCAAGAGCGGAGUGGUGGGCUUCACCAGAGCGAUGGCGAUUGCCUCGCAGGCUUCUGGCUACGGCGUGCGCUUCAACACACUCUGUCCUGGCUUCGUCCAGACUGAGCUCUUUACCCGCAUCCCGUCCAAACUGGGCCGGUUUUCCGGUCUGACCGAACUCAGCCAAACCCUUAUUGAUAAGGUCGGGGUCAUAACUGUGGCGGAGGUGGCCGAGUCUUUCCUGGAGCUGGUGACAGACGAGGAGAAGAACGGCGAGGCCCUGGUGGUUUUCCAGAGUGGGAAGCACUUUGUCACCUUUCCGUCAUCUCUGUGAUGCUAACUGGAGAAAAUAAAUGACGUUUGAGUUUGAUAUAUACGUGUCAGGAGGUGGAAACAUCAGAAGGUUUGCUUUCUGUCAGCUGGAAUUUCUAACAAAAACUGUGAAAUCUACCUGGACUCAAAGCAUCCGUGAUUCCUUUUGGCCUGACGAAUGAAAGAAUUCUCUCCAUC